CCUUUUGUACGUACUUUGCUGUGAGCGCACCACAUCCACGAUGACUGCCGCGCGCACUUCCCGUCGGCGGUCGGCGGUACCGCUCGUGACCGCAUCCACUUUGGGCCUUCUGCUCCUCGCUGCCGCCGGUUUCGCCGCUCCAGCUGCCGCCGCUGCUGCUGCUGACAAGGCAAACGCUGCGUAUUCGUACUGCCAGGCAAACUUCCCAGACCCGGCAAGCUACCCGCUGCCGUCGGGCUCGCACGCGGGCGCCAAGCUCAAGCAAGUCCAGCUCAUUACGCGCCACGGAGACCGCACGCCCGUCAACAUCAUGCCCGACGACGCGGCAACAUACAACCUGUGCAGCGAGUUUGCCGUGUCGGGCAUGACCUCGAACGACGGCUCGGCUACCCUGACCCAGGCGAAUGUGCUCAAAUUCCCGCUGCUCGAUAAGGCGAAUCCUUAUCAGGACGCCAUUUGGCAAGGAAACUGCAUUGAUGGCCAGCUCACGUCCAAGGGCAUCACUCAGCUGCGCACUCUGGGCUCGCAGUUGCGCGGCAUCUAUGUGGACAAGCUCAAGUUCCUGGAGGGCGACUACAUGCCUGCAACCCCGACCUUGUACGCGCGCAGCACCGACUACUGGCGCACCCAGCAGUCUGCCGAAAGCCUGCUGUCAGGCCUCUUCCCCACCCUGAAGGGCGAGCUCUAUCCCGUCCCGCUGCACACCGUCCCGAGCUCGGCCGAAACCAUGGCCUCGAAUCCCGGCGCCUGCCCCAACCUUGCAACCGUGCAAGCCUUGAUGUCCGCGUCUGCUGGCUGGCAAAACCACUUGUCCAGCAACCAGGCCUUGCUGGAUCGCCUCAACACCGCGUUCGACACGGACUGGCAGGGCGGUUUUGAUCACUUUUUCGACAACCUGCAGGUGCGCACGUGCAACAACCUGCCUCUUCCAUGCUCUCGCCAGAAUCCAGGCACCCCGUGUGUGUCGGCCCAGGACGCACAGAGCACGUUCGCCUUGGGCGACUGGGAGUACGCCUACACCUUCCUCAACUACAACCAGACCGUGAUGGCCAAGCUUGGCAUUGGCGCAUUCUCGGCCACGCUUCGCGACACGCUCCAGUCUGCCGUGAGCGGAAACAAGUCCCAGUACAACUUUUACUACUAUUCGGGCCACGACAGCACCAUCGGCGCUGUUCUGGGCGCCUUUAACAUUUCUGGCUGGCGCUGGCCGCCGUACGCGUCCAACAUCCAGAUCGAGCUGUGGCAGGAUGUCAACGGCGAGUUCUUUGUGCGCGUCUUCUACAAUGGCGAUCUGCAGCAGCUCCCUGCCUGCCCGUCGACCGAGUGCCCCGCUUCCACCUGGAUUGCCUACAUGAACACUGUCAUCCCUUCCAAUUUCGCUGCCGAUUGCAUGUUUGAUACGCGAUCACGUCGAUUUGGCCACGGGCAUUAACAGAAGCAGUGUGCCAGAAACAACAACAACAACAAAAGAGAGUGUUGUGGAGCGGUUGGGCCGUGAUUUUUGGGUUGGUCGACGGCCUUCCAGCGUGAAAACGUCGUCCCGAGUUUGCACCUCAACCGCCGUUCUCUGUCUUGUUUUGAUUUUGUUUUGCUUGUUUGAUUAUUUUUUCUCGAAAAGAGGUUGUCGGUGCUUAUCUUUGCUGGAAUGUUUGUCAUACUCGUGUUCGACGUGAACAACGUUUUUCGAACAAAGCAAAGAAAAAAAAACCUAAUCGUUUUAUCACUUGGG